AUGGCUGCGUAUGUCGGCGUUUACACUAUGGUUCUGUUUUGCUAUGGAUCAAUUGUUUAUGUCAAAUCUUUCCAGUCUGUGCCGGAAACGCGUGGAGGUCUGGUCAAGGCGGGGCUCAAUUUGUUACCCUUACUAGUGGAAAAGGUGUCCCGGAUGCUCAUAGGCUGUUUUCAGCUUCUUUUCCGGUUGCUCCGUCUGUCGUCUGGAACGAGCCCGGUCAACGAGCUGUUGGUCGCCUAUGCCAUUGUCAGCGUUCGGAAACUCAUUGCUUUGGUUUCUUGGGCAUAUAUAACUCAGCAAGACGAUAACAGUGUUCACAUGAAGGCGUUUUUGGUGUUUUGUGUGAUGAAUAUCACGCAGAACAGAUUCAUACUGAAAAAUGACACGGCCAAAGGAGAGCGGGUGGAUUGGAGAGAGGGAUUAGCAAGUUUCCUGACCAGACCAACUAGAAACAGCAAACGUGAGGCCGAAAAGCUACAUUUCCGCAGAAACACGCUCUUUGCUGCCAACGCGCUUUUCUCGGCUCUUCUAUUCGUCUCCAUGUUCAAGUACUACUCACAGUUCCAGGACAAUUACUAUAAAGUGAUGAGCGUCCUCAUAAGAUUAAUUCUGCUAGUGGACGUGGAGUUUCUGCGCACUUUGUGUGACGAAUUUGCCGGGCUCGACGUCGUUAUGGGCGGUGAGAAGAGUAACGUUUAG